AUGUCCAGGGACGAGGUAAUGAAGCAAAAGCGCAACCUCCCGCUGCUUGUCUCUCGAGAGGCAUGCUCCGGCAAGACGUACAUCGUGACAGGGGCCAACGUGGGGCUGGGGCUUGAAGCGGCGCGGCACCUAGCAGCGGUGGGCGCGGGCAAGGUGAUCCUGGCCGUGCGCAACGCCGGCGCGGGUGCGGCGGCCAAGGCCGACAUUGACGCCACGACUGGCGUGGCACCAAACGUCGUCGAGGUGUGGUCGCUCGACCUGUCGAGCUACACCAGCGUCAAGGCGUUCGCCAAGCGGGCCGAGGCUGAGCUGGAGCGCAUCGACGGGCUGAUCGAGAACGCGGCCAUCGCGCCCUCCAAGCGCGAGCUGGCCGAGGGCCACGUUUUGGCUAUGACGGUCAAUGUUUUGAGUACCUUUUUGCUGGCUGUUCUGAUGAUCCCUGUCAUGAAGGCGAAGGCGGCCAAGGUCGGAGGGGAAAUGCCUACGAUCUCCAUUGUUGCGAGCAGAGUGAGCUUUGAUUACAAGGAGGCGUGGGACAAGAUCAAGGAUGAUCCGAUUGUGGGAAUGGAUGAUGAGGGAUUCGAGACGCUGAUAACGUAUCCCACCACCAAACUCAUGGAGAUUUAUGCGGUCAAGCACCUCGCCGGUACCCUACUCCCUGUUGAGAAAGCAGGCGUCAUUAUCAACGUGCUCUGUCCCGGCCUCUGCACCACGGAGCUGGUCAGAAACAUGCCCGAGGAACAGUACAACGCUGUUAGGGAACUGCAACGUCUUUGCGGACGCACAGCUGAGGAUGGAAGCCGCACCUUGCUUCAGGCAGUCAUGGCCGGAAAGGAGAGCCACGGCCGGUUGCAGCAUUCGUGCGAAGACGGCGAGAAGGACGUACCGAGCUGGGCUGCAGAGGACAAGGAGGCCCACAAGCGGACAUGGGACGUUAUUGCUGCAGAGUUGGAGGCUGUCGAGCCGGGAUGUGUGGCCAGGAUACUGCAGUAG